AUGCCACAUUUCCCCAUGGACACCGGCUUCCAGUCCAGCGCAGUCACAGAUGCAGACGUGCCCGAUGAGAAACAACGCUCCGUCCAGAUCAAGAACCGUCGCAAGCGGUAUCUGGACCAGCACCCCGAGUACUUCUCGGCGGAGCUUGAGCUAGCCGACCCAUUACUAUACGACCGCCUCAUUCGCCGAUUCCAAACACCGCAAGAACGAGAAGCGCAGGGCCGCGCGAAAGGAUUCUCCGGCGUCUUAGAGGCAGAUCUAUUGCGCUCGGAGGCUAAGGUCGAUGCGCUGGCGCACCCGGAUCCUAACUCCAUGCUGAGCUAUACUCGUGGUCCGGAUGGAGAGAUUCUGGCCGAGGAUCGUGAUGAUAUCCCCGCCAACAAGGAGGAAGGGCAGAAGACUUGGCAGUGGGAGAUGGCGUUGCGGUUUAUGAGAGGCGAUGAUCCGGAUUUUGAUUAUAAGGCUGUGGAUGAGAAUGAGGAAUAUGAUGAUCUUUCCGAGGAGCUGGAUAAAUACUUCGAGGAUGAGGACCCGGAGUGGGUUGUCGACGAUGCUCGUGGUGAGGAUGCUAGAGAGAAGCUUCAGGGUGAGACGGGCAUUCAGGAUUUCUGA